AUGGAGAUGGCGCCAACCAAAUCCCAUAAGGAAAAAUUGCUCGGGUUGAUACCAGGUGCAUUUGCUCAAAUGUGCAUUGCCAAUAGCCAACAUUUUGUUGAAGAAGACUCAGAUAGUGAUGUGGAAGAGAUCACUGAAGGGGUUGCUAAGGUGAAACUAUCCAAGGAAACCAAGAUGAGAAUCAGAGGGGCUUGGGAAAAUGCCUUGAUUGUCAAAGUUUUUGGUAGAACGGUGGGUUUUCACUACCUACAUAGAUCGGUGAUGAGCUUAUGGAAGCCACAAGGUAGAGUUGACUGCAUGGACCUAGGGAGAGACUUCUUUUUGUUCAAGUUUAAAGCAAAGGAAGACAUGGACAAAGUCCUCUCUGGUGGCCCGUGGUUCAUUGGUGGUCACUUUGUGGCUAUUAGGUUGUGGGAACUUAACUUUAAGGCCUCCAUGGCUGUGGUGAGCAUGGUAGCUGUCUGGGUUAGACUGAAUGAGCUACUCGUGGAGUACUAUGAUGCAGUAGCUCUUCGGGAAAUCAUGAGUGCCAUGGGACCAAUACUAAAAGUGGAUACUAACACAGCUUCAGGGAAACGAGGGAGAUAUGCACGUUUUUGUGUGCAGAUUGAUCUCUCUAAACCUUUGGUGAGAACGAUCCAAGAUGGGAAGCUGACUCAGGGGGUCUUAUAUGAAGGCAUUGGUGCCUUGUGUUUUGCAUUGGUGCCUUGUGUUUUGCUUGUGGUAGAGUGGGUCAUAGGAGUGAUGGCUACCCUCAUGUAA